AUGAAUCAAAAUAAACCUCAGUAUUCAGCUUGGUGCCCUGAAAAUGGUGCCCUCAUAUCAAAUGAAAAGAUUCACAAAAUAUUUUUGACCCUAGGCAAUAAAUUUGGGUUCCAAGAUGAUAAUGUUAGUAACAUGUAUGACCAUUUUAUGACCAUAUUAGAUUCACGGUCAAGCAGAAUGAGUUGUCCCAAUGCAUUGCUAUCAUUACAUUUAGAUUACAUUGGUGGAAAGAAUAGUAAUUAUAAAAAAUGGUAUUUCUCUGCCCAAUGGUACUUUGAACACGAUUGGUCACCGAAAAUGAAAAAACGCAAACCAGUAUCUUCCGAUUACCAGCUUUGGUUGUAUCGUUUCCAAAAAUACACUGAAGAAGAUUAUGUCUAUCAUGUUGCACUAUAUUUAUUGAUAUGGGGUGAGGCCAAUAACGUCAGGUUUAUGCCAGAGUGCUUGUGCUUCAUUUUUCAAUGUGCGUUGGACUGCAAUGGUCCCAAUCUUCCCAAAUUCAAUUAUCUCAACCGAGUAAUAACACCCCUAUACGAGUUUAUACGAGACCAAUUAUAUUGUAAAGUAGACAACAAGUGGAAACGACGGGAAAUUGACCAUGCUUGUACCAUCGGAUAUGAUGACGUUAACCAGUUAUUUUGGAGUCCAGAUGGAUUAUAUAAAUUGAUUCUUUAUGACGGAACCAGACUAUAUCAAUUGCCACAAGCUGAAAGAUACAACAAAUUAGAAAACAUCAACUGGUCAAAAUCCUUAUCUAAAACCUAUCGAGAAAGACGAACAUGGAUACAUGUUUUGAGUAACUUCAGCCGUGUGUGGAUAAUUCACGUAUCUGUGUUUUGGUACUUUAUGUCUUUCAACUCCCCUUCUUUGUACACGCCAAACUAUACGCCCAAUAAGUCGCCGCAAGUGCACAUUCGACUAGCUAUAGUAUCCAUAGGUGGAAUCAUUGCCGUCUUGAUAUCGUUGGGGGCAGCAAUAUCUGAUUUUUUCUUUGUAUCGGGUAGUAUCCGAAACAUUGCCUUGCUAUUGAUAUUAACAGUUGCAAACUCUGGAUCUAUAGUGUACAACCUAGGGCUUUUGAAAUGGGACAAAUACUCCAAAAAUGGAACUGUAGUUGCGGCUAUUCUGAUGUGCUUAUCGGUUCUCACGUUUUUGUUCUUAGCCAUCAAUCCACCAGGUAGUUUCAAAACUGUCUUUUCCAACAAUUUCCCAAAAUUAAAGUUGAGGAGCAGAUUGUUCUCAAUAUCAUUAUGGAUUGGUGUAUUUGCAGCCAAGUAUUCAGAGUCAUAUUUUUUCUUAAUAUUGUCUUUGAAAGAUCCUAUUCAAAUUCUCUCUACCAUUGUACUAAAUUGUGACAAAGGCCAUUUUCUAUGCCAGUUUCAACCAAAAAUUACCUUGAUAUUGUUUUAUCUCACCGACUUGAUAUUAUUCUUUUUGGAUACUUAUUUGUGGUAUGUGAUUUGUAAUUGUUUAUUUUCAGUAGGACUAUCCUUUUCAUUAGGUGUGUCUAUUUUCACUCCAUGGAAAAAUAUCUUUUCUCGAUUACCAGAUCGAAUUUUAACCAAAAUAUACUAUGGUGAUUCCACCGAGUUGAUAUUAGUCAUAUCACAAAUAUGGAACAGUAUUAUCAUUUCCAUGUACAGGGAGCAUGUACUAUCGGUUGAACAAGUCUGCAAGUUGAUUUAUCAACGAGGAGUAGAUGAAAACACCAUACGACCACCACUAUUUUUUGUUUAUGAAGAUGAUAACAAGUUUUAUGAUUUCAUUAAAAUCGAAAAAGAAUGGGAAAGAAGAAUCACGUUUUUUGCUCAAUCGUUAUCAAGCCCACUACCAGAGCCCUUUCCAGUAGUCUCAACACCAACGUUUACCGUUUUGAUCCCACAUUACUCAGAGAAAAUAUUGUUGAGUUUACAAGAUCUAAUCAAGGAACAGAGCUUUUCAAAACUAACAUUGCUAGAUUACUUGAAACAGCUUCAUUCAAAAGAAUGGGAUUCAUUUGUUCAAGAUAGUAAGAUGAUCCAAACCAUAAAGGAAAUGGACGAAGACAAGUUUGUACGUGAAAAUAUGGAUGAUUUACCAUACUACUGUAUCGGGUUCAAAGAUUCUUCACCAGAGAAUGUUUUACGAACAAGAAUUUGGGCAGCAUUAAGAUGUCAGACAUUAUAUCGUACGGUUUCAGGGUUUAUGAAUUACGAGACUGCUUUAAAGUUGCUUUAUCGAACAGAAGUAAUUGGUUUUGAGCAAAACGAGUUUCCAGAAGAAGAGCCAGAAGAAUUUGUAAGCAGAAAAUUCAAUUUACUAAUUGCUAUGCAGAACUUUCAGAAUUUUACUCCAGAUAUGAAGACCGAUGCUGAUUCUCUAUUUAAGGCCUUCCCCAACGUCAAGGUUGCUAUUUUAGAAUCUGAUAACGAUCAAGAUUACUAUUCGACAUUAUUGGAUGUUUCACAACGAGAUGAUAAGAGUCAGUACGUUAAAAAAUACCGGAUCAAAUUAUCAGGUAAUCCAAUAUUAGGGGAUGGUAAAUCUGAUAAUCAAAAUAGUGCAUUGAUAUUUUAUCGUGGCGAAUAUAUCCAAGUCAUAGACUCCAACCAAGAUAAUUAUAUCGAGGAAUGUCUCAAAAUCAAAUCUUUGUUAAAUGAAUUUGAGGAGAUGAACCUAGAUGUGAGUUUUGGAUACAUGACAGAGCAUCCAGACACUAGUUCUGUGGCAAUCGUGGGGGCAAGAGAAUUCAUAUUUUCUCAAAACAUAGGAAUUUUAGGAGACAUCGCUGCUGCAAAAGAACAGACUUUUGGAACAUUAUUUGCAAGAACAAUGGGUGAAAUUGGAUCUAAACUUCAUUAUGGUCAUCCCGAUUUGCUCAAUGGAAUAUUUAUGACAACGAGAGGCGGAAUUUCAAAAGCCCAACGAGGCUUACAUUUGAAUGAAGACAUUUACGCGGGGAUCACUGCCACUUGUCGUGGCGGAAGAAUCAAACACUCAGAUUAUUAUCAAUGUGGCAAGGGAAGAGACCUUGGGUUUCAGUCGAUUGUGAAUUUUACCAAGAAAAUUGGAUCUGGAAUGGGCGAACAACUUUUGUCAAGAGAAUAUUACUAUUUGGGGAGCAUGCUACCAAUUGACAAAUUCUUGUCUUUUUAUUAUGCCCAUGCUGGAUUCCAUAUCAACAAUUUGUCUAUAAUGUUGUCGGUAAAAGCUUUUAUGUUUUUGUUGAUGAGCCUUGGUGCAUUAAACAAUGGCACAGUAACAUGCACGGAAGAUAACCCAACCCCUGGCUGCCAUAAUUUAGUCCCUGUUCUAAACUGGAUUUACCGUUUUGUGCUUUCAGUGUUUGUUUGUUUUUUUAUUUCGUUUUUGCCUUUGAUAAUUCAAGAGUUUAUUGAAAAGGGGCUACUUAAAGCAAUUUUGCGAAUCUUACUACACAUUGUUUCUCUAUCACCGUUUUUCGAAGUUUUUAUGUGUCAAGUGUAUUCAAGAGCAUUAAGGGACAAUUUUAUUUUUGGUGAAGCAAAAUAUAUUGCUACUGGACGAGGGUUUGCUAUCUCCAGAGUAUCAUUUGCUACGUUGUAUUCGCGAUACGCCAGUUUAUCAAUAUGCUACGGUGGUGAAAUAUUCUUGGUGAUUUUGUUUGCAUCAGUUACUAUCUGGAGAAAAUCUUUACUAUGGUUUGUAAUCACCAUUAUAUCCUUAUGUUUGGCACCGUUCAUUUUCAAUCCUCAUCAAUUUAAUUUUGUUGAUUUCUUUGUGGACUAUAGGGAUUAUGUCAGAUGGUUGACGAGGGGAAACUCCUCCCUCAAGGAACUGUCGUGGGCCCACUAUACCAAAAUCAGAAGAGCUCGGUUAACUGGAGAAAAGUUUGAUGGUGGGUAUGUUCUGGGCAGAAAUACUGCCACAUUCAAUUUGUUAUUGGGGGAGGUAGCCUCACCGUUUAUCAAUUUGAUAUUGUAUUUAUUACCCUAUUUGUUUCUUCAUUCAAGUCAGAAUCUACUUGCAUUCAAUGUGAAUAAUCCACUUAUAAAGUUGACAGCAGUUGUAUUAGCACCCUAUCUUGAGAAUUCAGCGGUCCUUUUCUUUGUAUGGCUAAUGUCCUUGACACUUGCGCCAUUGGUUGGAAUUUGGUUUAAGAAAACACCAGCAUUCUUUGCGGCUUUUGUACAUUUUGCUUGUUUGAUAUUACACAUUUUCAACCUCGAACUAUUGUUAUUUUUAGAAGAUUGGAAUAUGGUUAAGCUCUUAUCUGCUUUGUUAGUUAUAUUCAAUUGCCAUAGAGUCAUCUCCAAUUUUAUCUUGAUUUUGGUUGUAUCAAGAGAACGGACAGAAAAUGUCAACCAAGCCUGGUGGUCUGGUAAAUGGUUUAGAAAGGGGUUAGGUGUUCAUGUUGUUUCGCAGAACUUGCGUGAAUUCAUUGUCAAAACUUUGGAGUUGAACAAGUUUACUUUUGAUUUCAUUAUCGGUCAUUUUUUACUAUUUUCUAUGUUCCCGUUUUUGUUCAUUCCGUAUGUGGAUUCUUUACACACAAGUAUGCUAUUUUGGUUAAAACCAAGUCGCCAAUUUUCUCGACCAAUUAUCAAUCGAUCUCAGCGAAGGAAACGGAAUUGGCGUAUCAUAAAAUACUUUAUUCUUUUCCUGGGGAUCUUGGGAAUUUUUAUUGCACUAUUUGUGGUACCACCGAUAUUUCGUGAUAAGUUGUCAUUUAUCAAAAAAUGGGUUGGUCUUCAAUAA